AUGGAAACGCAAUCUGAGCCUCUGCGAGCUCCUGAGAACACGGAGGCGUAUCUGCCCAACCUGAAAACGGAAUCCCGCGAACAAUACACGAACGGAUACUUUCUGAACUGGUUUACGGCCUUCGUCCAAAAGGGUGAUAAUCCCGGUCCCCACCCGCUCCUUUCGCUUUCGACCCAACACCACUUUGGCCCGGAGCGCCAAACACGCGACGCUUGUGUAGUGGUGUCGCCCCACCGCGCCCUGCAGGUUGCACCAAUGAUUCAGGCUUGGAUUCAUGAAUCCAAGGCCGGAAAAGUUCGAGUGAAGGACAGUACAGCCCUUACUGGCUACAGAAUGCAGGAUAUGCUGUUUUACGAGAGCAAGCGUCAGAGCAUCGGUGCGCAGCUGCUGGGCCGUUUGUGCAAUCCGGAUAUGGUGGCCCAGAUGCAUGAUUACAGCUGGACGGAGCUCUGGGGCUCCUCCGCUGUCGGCCCGCACUGCACAGUUUGGCAGCGCGAUCUAACCACAGGCGAGAUCUACCGCAUGAUUUCGUUCAACGCGGCUGAGCCCGAAAAGGAACUACUGCAGGAGCUGGAUGAUCCUGAUCCGAUCCAGUUUCUUGCUGAAUUUUGGAACAUGCAGCUGGAAGUCGAUCAGGAACUGCUGGAGGGGAUCGUGGGAUACGGCCGGGGCGAAAUCGUCGCGGCUACGAACAAGCUGGGGGACUUGACUGACGAACUGAAGCUGCGCCUGAACGUUCCGCUGCAAAAUGUCGCCGAUGAAGAAUUCGAGGUGAUGGAGGUGGAUGAAUCCGAUGACGAGUCCGGAAGUGAUUCAACUUACACCCCAUCCUCACCAUCUUCAUCGGACAUGUAGUCUCGUUCAACAAGCGGUCUGCAUCUGGAACCAGUCACUGCUCCCGUGUUCGAAUGAGUCAGGAUUUUUAUUAUUUUUGCUUACUUUUUCGGGAGAAGCCGGGCAGUCCCCUGUACGGUUCUGUUCUUG